GUGCUCAUCACGGGGACCAGCGCCACGGAGCUGCCGGACGGCUGGCUCUCCGGCCUGCCUGCGGGGGCUGCAGCUGCCCCUCCUGUCUUCCAACCGGCUCUCGGCGAUCUCCCCCUGCGCCUUCCUCCGGGGCCUGGUCCGCUUGAAGACGCUGAAGCUGAACGACAACCGGCUCCAGCAGCUGCCCAGCGGCGCCUUCGAGGGCCUGCUCCGGCUCCAGCAGCUGGCCUUGGAGGACAACCAGCUGCGAAGCCUCCCGCCGGGCCUCCUGGACCCGCUGCCCCACUUGCGGGAGCUCUCCCUCAACCGGAACCUCUUGGCGGGGCUUCCCGAGGGGGGGCCGUUCCGCAACCUCGCCGGGCUCAAGCGGCUGGACCUCUCCCGGAACCAGCUGGCCGCCCUGCCCGGGACGCUCUUCUCGGCCCUGUCCGGCCUGAGAAGGCUCUUCCUCUACAACAACCGGCUGGUCGCCCUGGACUCCGGCCUCUUCGCCGGCUGGAGCUGCGGCUGCACUCGUGCGCCCUCGAGGCCGUGGCCCCGGGCGCCUUCGGCAGCCUGGCCCGGCUGGAGACCCUGACGCUGUCAGGCAACCGGCUGGCCUCGCUGCCCUCGGGGCUCUUUCUCCCCCUGCGCCACCUGAGCCUGCUGACCCUGCACCGCAACCCGCUGGGGGCCC